AUGCCUGAAGACUUUGAUGACGAUUUUCCAAGCGACCUUUACUGGGAACCAAGCCAGAUCGAGGAUGACCAGACAACUUCGAGCGUAAGUUCGCCACCAACUCCGUCUUCCGACAUCUCGGCCUUCGUCCCCAGCUGGAAGCCAUGCUCGCCCAGGCUAGAAAUGGAUUUGAGCAGCUGGGAUGCGACUCCGGAGUGGAUCAAGCAGUCUUCGAGGGGACGGCAACGAGCCUGGGACUGCUCCGAAAGUGAUCCCACAGGCGACUGUAUCCAGGACAAAAGGCUUCGGUACAAUUAUCAAUCUGCCGACUACAUGCCAGCUCCUAUCAUAAUUGAAUCACAAGAACCAACGCAAGAACCGCCCAAGGAGCCAGAUGUACCGCUUCGAUUUGUGACUGUGACAGCAGACAACAUUUUGUCAGGUGAUAUCCACCGUGCGCAAGGAGAGUGGAAGCGAGGACGACCGAGACUCAAUAAACCCACUUCGAAAAGGAAGGCAGCGACAGCCACUUGCUCUGAGCAAAAGUAUCCAGCUCGGAUGAGAGUAUCUCACUCACCAUCAGGUAUUGGAACUGUCGUCUCUCACGCAUCAGAGCCACAUCAUCAGAGUCUCUUUCAACCUGUUUUCGAUCAUCUCCUGGUUACCGACCAGGAGCGCACCUUCUUCUCCGCCCUUUUCUCGUAA